AUGUCCAACCCUGACAAGCCGCGCGAAAGACGACCCUCCAGCUCCAAGGCCAACCGCCUCACCCAGCUCUUCUCCUCCAGCCCCAAGACCAAGGAGCAUACCCAGCAAGCCCUGCUCGCCAUGCAGCAGCAUCACCACAACCAGCAGACGAGCACGUCGCCCUCGUACGGCUUCUCCUCCUCGACUGCCUCCCUGCCUACCAUCUCGCUCUCUGCCGCCGGUUGCGGCGACCAGGUCAGCAGCGCGGACGCUCCUCCCGCCUCCAAGACCCUCUUCGAGCCCAAGACGGCCGAGGAGAUCGAGCGUCAAAGGCGAGCCGACUCCCAGUUUGGUCCGCUCUCCUCGCCCAGCCACCUCUACACGAGCAAAUCCCACGGCCGCCCUCUGGAGGCCCCCAUCGAGGAUGACCCCCCCUACACCGCCCUGGUGCUCACCUACAUCAGCUACCUCAUCCUGAUCCUCCUCGGCCACGUCCGCGACUUCUUCGGCAAGCGUUUCGGCGACAAGAAGCACUACACGUCGCUCAAGGCCCAGAACGGCUACGCCCCUCUCAACGACGACUUUGACAGCUUCUACAGCCGCCGCCUCAAGCUUCGCCUGGACGAUGCCUUUGCCCGCAUCUCUACCGGCGUUCCCGGCAGGUACAUCAACCUCCUCGACCGCACGUCGGAUGAUUUCAACCGCACCUACAAGUACACCGGCACCACGACUGAGACGCUCAACAUGAGCUCCUACAACUACCUGGGUUUUGCCCAGUCCGAGGGUCCCUGCGCCGAUGCCGUCGAGGAGUGCGUCAAGCGCUACGGUAUUACUAUGUGCAGCCCCCGCGCCGAUGCCGGCACCACCGACCUGGCCCUCGAGGUUGAGCGAGAGGUGGCCGCCUUCGUCGGCAAGCCUGCGUCGAUGGUCUUCUCCAUGGGAUACGUCACCAACGCCAGCUCGUUCCCCGCCCUCGUCACCAAGGGCUGCCUCAUCAUCUCGGACGAGCUCAACCACGCUUCUAUCCGCGUCGGCGCCCGUCUGUCCGGUGCCGUCAUCAAGGCCUUCAAGCACAACGACACCAAGGAUCUGGAGCGCGUCCUGCGUGAGGCCAUCUCCCAGGGCCAGCCCCGCACCCACCGCCCCUGGAAGAAGAUACUCGUCGUCGUCGAGGGUCUCUACUCGAUGGAGGGUACCAUGUGCGACCUGCCCGGUAUCGUCGCCCUCAGGCGCAAGUACAAGUUCUACCUGUUCGUCGACGAGGCCCACUCGGUCGGUGCCCUGGGACCCCGCGGCCGCGGCGUCUGCGACUACUUUGGCAUCGACACGUCCGAGGUGGAUAUCCUCAUGGGGACCCUGACCAAGUCGUUCGGUGCCAACGGUGGCUACAUCGCCGCCGACAGGGACAUCAUCGAGAAGCUCCGCGUCACCAACGCCGCCACACAGCUCGGCGAGGCACCCGCGCCCUGCGUCCUCAUGCAGAUCCUGGCUUCGCUCAAGAUGAUCACUGGCGAGCUCUGCCCCGGACAGGGCGAGGAGCGCCUCCGCCGUAUCGCCUUCAACUCUCGUUACCUGCGCCUAGGACUCAAGCGCCUCGGCUACAUUGUCUACGGCCACGACGACUCUCCCAUCAUCCCGGUCAUGCUCUACCACCCUGCCAAGAUCUCUGCCUUUUCCCACGAGAUGCUCCGUCGCCAGAUCUCGGUCGUCGUCGUCGGAUACCCGGCCACGCCCCUCAUCACGUCGCGCGCCCGCUUCUGCGUGUCGGCGGCCCACAACAAGGAUGACCUGGACAGGCUGCUGGCGGCGUGCGAUGAGGUGGCCGACGCCAUGGCUCUGAGGUACUCUUCCGGUGUGGCCGGCGGUCUGGAACCUCUCCCGGCCGGCGUGGAUGUGGCACCCGAGGACGAGAAGAAGUGGCGGGCCGACAAUGGCAUCGCCAUCAACCCCCCUCGCUGGCGUCUCGAAGACAUCAUUGAAGCGGGUGUCCGUGACACGAAGCUGCCCCUGCGAUGA